ACUCCUAGACUUAUAAGUAUACGCCUGACGGUCGACCCGCGUGUAAAGGGGGCUUGUGAUAGAGGUUAUAAAAAUUGUUUUUUUCCUAUAGUGAAUUAUUUGUGUUUUUGUGUUAUCUAAUCUAUUGAUUGAACUACAUCCAAAGAUUCAGGAUGAAGUCUUCAAAGAAAGAUUUGAUGGUUAAUCCAUUUUUCAAAAUAAAAAAAGAAAACGACCAAAAAGAAUCUAAGAAAAAAAUUAAAGAAGAAAAAGAAGAUAAAGUGGAAUUACCAGCUGAAAUUACAGUUAAUGCCAUAAGAAAUAAAGUUGUACGACAAAAAAAAUAUGAGGCAUUGCAAAAAGAAAAGAAAAAAGCUAAAAAAGAAAGAAGAAAAGCACGAGCAAAGGCUGGUGAACCAAAACAGAUUCCUCACACUAUUGAAAGUCUUAGAGAGAAAGAUGAAACUAUGAUUUUUGGUAGCAUUGAUGAUGAAGAAAAUGCUGAAUAUAAAAUUGACAUGGAACAUGAUGAAUUUGCUUCUUAUUAUCGAGAAGAGUAUGAGCCAAAAGUAUUAAUUACUUACUCUGAUAACCCUCACACCAAAACAAGAAUUUUUGGUAGAGAGUUGACCAGAAUCAUUCCAAAUUCCAUUUCAUUAUACAGAAACAGGUCUGGUGUAAAAAAAAUGGUAGACAGUUGUAUUAAAAGAAAUUUUACUGAUAUUAUUGUAGUUAAUGAAAAUCAGUGCAAACCAAAUGGCCUAUUGAUAAUACAUUUGCCUAAUGGACCUACCAUGCAUUGUAAACUAAGCAAUGUAAAACUUACCACAGAUUUAAAAAAAGAUCAUAAAGAAAUAACUCAACAUCGUCCAGAAGUAAUUUUAAAUAAUUUUACCACUCGGCUGGGUCACACUUGUGCUAGAAUGUUUGGUGCAUUAUUUCAUUAUCAACCGGAAUUCAAGGGACGUAGAGUGGUAACGUUUCAUAAUCAAAGAGAUUAUAUUUUCUUCAGACAUCAUAGGUAUGAAUUUGAUAAAAAAACUGGAAAACCAAGGCUUAGGGAAUUAGGUCCAAGAUUCACACUGAGGCUUCGAUCCAUUCAACAUGGUACAUUUGAUAGUAAAUAUGGUGAUUACGAAUGGAUAAUUCAAGGUAGACGUCACCAAAUGGAAACUAGUCGCAGGAAAUUUUUCUUGUAAACUAUUUUUUUAUUUAAAUUCUAUGCUAAAUAGUUGACAAUAACUACUAUUGAAAGUUUGAUUUGCAUCAAAUUAAAAAUCUGAAAACAAAAAA